UGCCCUUCUGACGAGACCUUUCCUCUCCAAGAUGGCGGCCUCCUUGAGCAGGCUGUGUGUGACCGGCGUGAGAGGGGUUCUUUGGAGCAGGGCCGCAGCCCUGCCCCUUGGGGUCCGCUCACUCUGUAGCCCCCCCGAAGAAUUUGAUUUGGUUUCUCGCUAUAAGGAGCUCCCCUGGGAGUACCUGAGCAGUGAAGAAUACUUGGAGCGCUAUGGACAGAGAUCCGUCUGGGCAGAUUACAGAAGGAACCACAAGGGACCAAUCCCCCCACAGAAAACCCGGAAGACCUGCAUUAGAGGCAGUAAAGUGUGCGGGAAUCCCUGCCCCAUCUGCCGGGACCAGAAGCUUGGUGUGGAUUACCGGAACGUGAAGUUGCUCCAGCAGUUCAUCUGUCCGCACACCGGAGUGGUGUAUGAUCCUACCAGAACAGGUGUGUGCAUGAAGCAACACAAGCGGCUGGUGAAGGCCAUAACUGAAGCCGAGGACCACGGUUUACUGACUGUAUUGAUCAAGCACAAGGAUAUCACCUUUGGGGACUACUCCCGGGACCAUGGUGCUGUGGCUCCAACCCCUCCAGCCCCAGCAGGCCCCUGGUACUCCUGGUAUGAGUGGCAAGAACCAUCAGCACAUGACGUAGCCAAAUUACAGAGGCUUUACAAGCCCUAUUGGCAGCAGAUGAGGGGGGAGCAAUGAGAAACCAAUGUCACGUAGUUAAUUCUGUGUCCUUUUAUAUAUAUAUUUUUUCUGUAUGUAAUGUUGAGAUGAUGUCUGAUAAUAAAUAACACCGCCUGUA